GUCUGGCCAGCCCCGGCUGUCAGCCCCGGGAGGCCCAAGCCUCUGCUUGCAGUUUUUAGCCUGAGGUGCUCCUUCACUUCCUCUUGCAGGUGCUCCAGGAACCACGUGGUGACGAACUGGGUCUGAGUUGCACUUCCUAAAGCCAGCACAGCAGAGGAGGCCCAGGCAGUGCCAGGAGUCAAGGCCUGUGGGAUCCCAUCAUCUCCAUUCCUGCUCACACGUUUACCUGCUGCUCCUGAACAACAGGCCUCAUGCCUCUUUUUCCAAACCUUUCACACCUCAGCUUUGAGCAAGACUUCCAGAACCCGACUGUGAUAGAGGACUUGGUAGAUGUACAGGAUUCCAUAGAUGAGGAAGAGGAGGAUGCCUCCUCCACUUCCUCUUUCCACUUUUUAUUACCCUCCUCUUCUUCCUCGUCCUCAUCUUCACUCUGUACUCUAUUUCUGAGUGCUUCAGAAGAUGAGGAGAUGCCUCUUGCUGGGAUACCACCUCUUCCCCAGAGUCCUCCCGAGAUUCCUCCCCAUUGUCCUCCUGAGAUUCCUCCCCAUUGUCCUCCUGAGAUUCCCCAGGGUGUUCCACAGAGUCCUCCCCAGAGUCAUCUGCAGAAUCCUCCCCAGAGUUCUCUGAACUCCUGCUCCUCCCCUUUCUUGUGGACCCCAUUGGAGGAGGAGUCUAGCAGUGAAGAAGAGGAGGAAACACCUUUAUGGCAGGCUUUCCCAGAUAGUCAGUCCUUGAGCAGGUAUGUGCUGGAUGAAAAGGUGGCUGAGUUGGUGCAAUUUUUUCUCCUCAAAUAUCAAAAAAAGGAGCCUGUCACAAAGGCAGAGAUGUUGACUACUGUCACCAAGAAGUAUAAGGACUAUUUUCCUUUGAUCUUUGGGAAAGCCCAUGAGUUCAUAGAGCUAAUUUUUGGGAUUUCCCUGACUGAUGUGGACCCUGACAACCACUGCUAUUUCUUUGAAGACACAUUAGACCUCACCUGUGAGGGAAGCCUGAUUGAUGACCUGGGUAUGCCCCAGAACUGUCUCCUGAUUCUUAUUCUCAGUAUGAUCUUCAUAAAGGGCAGCUGUGUCCCUGAGGAGGUCAUCUGGGAAGUGUUGAGUGCAAUAGGGGUGUAUCCUGGGAGGGAGCACUUUAUAUAUGGGGAGCCGAGAGAGCUCCUCACUAAAGAUUGGGUGCAGAGAAAGUACCUGGAGUACCGGGAGGUGCCGAACAGUGCUCCUCCACAGUAUGAAUUCUUGUGGGGUCCAAAAGCCCAUUCAGAAGCCAGCAAGAGAAGUCCUAGAGUUUUUGUCCAAGUUAUCCACUACCAUCCCUAGUUCCUUUCCAUCCUGGUACAUGGAUGCUUUGAAAGAUGUGGAAGACCUAGCCCAGACCAUAAUUGACACCACAGAUGAUGCUAUUGCCAUCCCUGUGCA